GAUUAUAUAUCAAAUUUGUUUGGGUCUAUUUUAUGGGACAAAUUUAUUGUGAAAAUCCAGAUAUUUUCGUUUGGUCAUUAAUAGUGAACCAAGGAUGUAAUACUUUAUGUAAAUUUAUUUUUACAUAAAACGGUUUCAAAAUAAUAUGUUCUUAGCAUUACGUACUGGUAGAUAGGAUCGUAUGACAGGCAUUAUCAUGACGUGAAACAUGAAGAUGAAACUUAAAGAUAAACUUAAAAUAUGAAUUUUAAUGUGUUUUAAAUUUUGAAAUAUUGUCAACAGUUUCUUAUUCACUGGUUUAAGCAUGUGAAAUAAGAAAAAUUUUAUUUAGACUUGAAUGCGUUAUGAAGUUUGGAUUAUUUUGGGGUGUUGUGUAGGAAAACUUGUGAUCAAAUAGCGCAAAAGAAGAAUAUUGAAAGUAAAUAAAAAAUCAGAGGUGUUAUCAAAAUGUGAAAUGAUAUUUCGGAGGAAGACGGAAAAGAUUUAGUGAUAGAUUUAUUAUGUUUUCUGUCAACUGUGAUAGAGAACUAUACAGCUAAACAGAUACUAAAAGAUCUGUUAUAAUUACUAAUUAAUAACAUUACUUAUUGAUUCCUUGUCAUUUUCUUUAUGGAGAUAUUAAUUAGUCAGAUAUUCCAAGAAAGUAUAGCCAUGCUUGCGUUACGGUACCCGAUUACAUCAAAAGCAAUAGUAUUAUUGAAUAUACCAGAUUUUGGAUGUAUUUUUUAAAGAGAUGGACUUAAUUAUUCUGCUACUUUGUAGUGCUUUUUAAUGUAAUCUGAUCAAAAUAGUUACUGAUUCUUAUUUGCCAGAAAUUUACACACAUUACUGAUCAAUUUAUCCUUUUAGAACCCAUUUUGCCAGUUAGUCAAAAUUACUAAGUGAUUUAUCUGCAAGCAUAUUUCUUCAGUUGACAUUGCUAAUUGAUCAAUUAUGAAGAUGACUGUUCUGUUUAAAAACACCUUUCUGUGUGCAUUACUAAUUGAUUUAUCGUGAAAAUUACUGAUUAAUUACCUACUACAACCAGAGACAAUGAGCAAGAUUGAUACAAAACUGAAAAGUUUGAUUUUACAUCUAAAAUAUGGGGAGAAUGUAAUAAGGAAGAAGUCAUAUGUUGCCAAGUGUUCAUUCAGAGGAGUUUCCCACUACACAAAGAUCAUAGAAACCACAGAUGAGUGCAUUUGGUUUGACGAGACAUUUCAGUGGCCAGUGGCCAGACCGAUUGAAAAAGAUGAAUUUAUCGACAUACAACUGUAUAAUUAUAACAAGUACCUCAGCAAUAGAUUGAUUGGUGUGUUCCGUAUGAUUCUACAAGAGCUGGUAGAAGUGGGCAAUGUGAAAGUCUCAGACAGUCUGCUUGAUGCAAACAAUGUUGUAAUGAAGACAAGCUUGACUUUUGAGCUGACAUACAAUGCCCCAGAUGGUUCAGUGGGAAUGUGGCAAAGAGGAGGGUUUGAGCCCAUUAAGAGUGACGACCUUCGGGGUGUUCUUACUGAAGAGGAACAGAACCAGCUCAAUAUAGAUCGUCAGUCGCUACAUGGCAGCAUGAAGGAAGGGGGCGGGGAAAUUAUGGGUGAUACAGUUGACGGUGAUGAUGAUAGGGAGUCCCUCCACUCGAGCAAUAGUAAAUCUUUGCUCGGAUCACGCCUCAGUAUUGCAUCUAAAACCUCAGGAGGAAAAUCACCGAAAACUAUGAAGCAGCUCGGUACAGUGAUGAAGUUCAUGUUAGCCAAACAACGAGCCUCAGGGAUGGAAGACAUGGACGAGAAACAAGCACUUAUAGAUGAAAUGGAAUCAGAUGCCAGUUUGGAUGCCAAGGCAGCAGAGGUGGCGUCCAUGUUGUCCAGAGUGGCAGGGGAGAAGGAGAUGGACUAUGACCAGACCAGUGAAGCCUCCUCCAUAAUGGCCAACAGUGGUAUUAAAAGAAAAGCCAAAUCUCAGAGUGUGGAGUCUGUAGCCUUGAAGGCCCAGGACUUCCAGGUCUGCAUCACUGUGAUUGAGGCACGCCAGCUGGCAGGAUUGAACAUGGAUCCUGUAGUAUGUGUGCAGGUUGGAGACCAGAAGAAAUACACAAGUGUGAAAGAAUCUACUAACUGUCCAUAUUACAAUGAAUACUUUGUAUUUGAUUUCCACAUGGCUCCAGCAAUGCUGUUUGACAAGAUCAUUACUUUAACAGUAAGUUACUUAAUGUUUCUGCAACAUUUAUUAUAUGUUUGAGCAAAAUGGUCCCAC